GCAAUUGUUGAAACUUAAAACGCCAAAUUAGCCGUGUAUUAAAAAAAAUCCCCACAGUGGUUCCUUUAGAGACAUUAACAGAAACUCGUUAUAAUAGCCCGGUUUAAUCCGACAGCAACUGUUGUUAGUGUAAAAUAAAUUCCUAUAUUCAAUUUAUUUAAUUUAUAUUUCCUAUGAUUCGGAGCUAGCUAACUAACCAAAUGUUCCCACGUGAGUUGAGGAUAGGUCAAACCUGCCCGCUAACACCACGAAACCAUAUCAUGUCUUUGUGAAUACAGUUUAAGUGAGUUUCAGGUCUUUUUUAUUGUGUCAUAGUCCCAAAAGUUGCACUAUAUUUUAUAGUUGAUAAUGACACCCUGUUUGUGAUGUGGGGUUAGAGUACAAGUUUUCCUGUUACUUUGACGACCCCUUUGACAGCUCCAUCUUCCGCUCUAGGAGUUCCAGUUCUGAAGAGUGUAAUAUGAAGAGCAGGCUGCUUUCCUGACCUGUUUGCGGUCAUGUUCAGGCUCCGUGCCUUGUGCUGGCACCCUCACAGAUUGUUUCAUCAUGGCACUGUGUGUCAUGACCAUAUCCUGGGGCAGCUCAGGGCCUGCACGGCUGAGGACCAGCUCUUUGACGUGGUGAGCAAGAACAAGGUGAAGCUCUCAGUCAGUCAUGUGGGCUUUGCCGUGGGCCUGCUGUGGCAGUUUCAGAGGGAGAGACCAGAAAUGCUGCGGACGGUCAAACUGAUCCGAGCUCAUCCACAGUUCCUCACACUUCGAGUUCUGGCUGAGAACAAAAUCAGCCUGAUGGAUGAUGCAACGGUGGUGGACAUACUUUAUGGUGGACUCAGACUGCAAAUUGAACCACAUGACUCUCUCAUCCAGCAGCUGGUGAUUGAAGCCUGGAACAGAUUAGAAAGAUUCCCCAUGACAACUCUGUCAAAGUUAUCUAUUUGUUUAAAUGACCUGGGGCUGCACCACAGUCCACUGAUGGGUCACAUUGUUGAGAUUGUGAGUCAGAAGCUGGAUUCAAUAGAAGAUGCCAGAGUGUUGACGACGCUCAUGAUCAGCAUGUCGUCGCUGCUGUCUGCCCGCUUACGGGACGCGCUGAUUGAAAAGGCUGAGAUCCUGUUGGACAGCAUGGACGCGUCCCAUUAUAACAAUCCUAGGAGGGUAGUGCAGUUCCUCCGCCAUAUCAAGUUCAUUCAUCGACCUUUGUUGGAAAAAUGCAGUCACAUUCUACUUAAAAAUAUCCCUAAUCUGGAUGUGGAGAACCUCAGUAUUAUAGUGACACUGUAUCGGUCCCUUCCGUUCAGCAACUGGGACUUUAGACAGGCUGCAAUGGAGAGGCUGGUGGAGCUGAUGGACUCGUGCACUGAUCCGGAGUCUUUUACAAAGCUCUUUACUGCUUUAGGUCCCCUGGCAGGACCAGCGAUCAGAGAAAGGUUGGAAAGUACAGCACUGCUGCUGGCUGAUCAGCUAAAUGCUCAACAAGCUCUAGUAAUUGCUGAGACACUGGAGGAGACACAGAGCCGGAACUUUCAACUCAUUAAUAAGAUUGCAGCCGUACUGCACAGGAAUUUGGAGGUGUAUAGGCCGGUAGAGAUCGCAAAGACCAUCCAGGCGCUUGUUCUGCUGCACUGUCAGAGUCCUGAGCUCUUCUCCAGCCUGAGGUGCAUUGUGCUCCGUUACUUACAGACCUGUGUGCACAUAUACGAGGUGACCAUGCUAACCCGUGUGCUUGCCAUGCUGCCCUCCGCACGAAUCGAGGACUCGGUCUUCUCUCGCAUCGAUGCCGUGCUGCCUCAAUGCAACCUGAUCGGUUUAAGUUCACUCACAACAGCUGUUGCUAAAUGGAUGCGGAAUGAUCCCUCCUAUGGCCAGACCACUCACAGCAGGUACAUACAUGUGCUGCAGAGCCUAAACCGCCGUGCACAUGAUCGAGUCCACGCAGCCAAGAGACUGGACCUGCUCAUGGACGAGCUUAAAUUCAUGUCAGGGGAAUGGUUUGAGGAGAUGCUGCUCGAGGAGACGGUUGUGGUGCUUCAGAAGUUGGCAGAUCAGCUCACCUGGAUCAACAUGCUAGACCUGGUUCUAUUUUUGACCAGGACCACCUAUCGCUCUACUUUGCUGCUGGACCGAAUCGCCAGUGUUGCCUUAGAAAACACACACAAGAUUCAUUACUCUGCAAUUUAUGCCACUUUACUCCCAUUUGCUCUACUUAACUACGACUCUCCAAAGGUGGACGAGUUAUUUGAUGCUUACAUUCAGCAUUGUCCCACCAAAAUCGGUUCGUUUGAGCCUCACAUGUUGGUCCUGUUGGCUUACAUUUUGGCUCUGACCAACCGCUUCCCAGAGCCUCUAAUCAGAGAAAUAUUCCGAGUGGAUUUUUUGGCGAGGCUGGAUGCACAGCUUGAGACAUUACCAAGUGCUCAGAACAUGCGAGUACGUUCCCGCUUGAUGCAGCUGAACCGCGCCUUGUGUCUCGAGUGCCCAGAGUUCCAGGUGCCCUGGUUCCAUGAGCGUUACUGCAUGCAGCUCCAUAAGAGAGACCACAGCUCAGUUAAUCUCGCCCAGCAGCAGAUCCACAGGAUGCUGGGAGAAGUGCUUGGCGGCAUCAACUGUGUCAAAGUAGGAGGUUUGACUCCGUACUUCUACACUGUUGACUAUGAGUGCGUCUUGGAUCACAAUCAGCAGGCGAUACCUUACAGUAAACUGAGUGACUUGCAGAUCAACGAAGAUGGCAAGGUGCACUGGGACUCUGGGACAGAGAAGGAAAGGACAGAGCUACCUCCAGGUGCUAAGCGUAUUGCUAUAGAGUUCCUGAAUUCCAAGUCCUUCUGCAAACACUCACAGCAUGUUAAAGGAGAUGUCCUGAUGAGAAAGAGACAUCUGGAGAUUUUAGGAUAUCAUGUUCUGCAGGUUCCUCACUUUGAAUGGAACUCUAUGGAGCUUUCAACACCUGAGGCCUGGAAGGAAUAUUUGCGAAAUAGGUUAUUCACAGAACUUCCCAAAGUCACAUAAACUUUCCGAGCACCAAGAAAUCCACUCUUCAUCUCUGGAUAUUCAUUCUAGAGAGUGUGGCUAUUGAUGGACUGCAUAUGAUGUGCAAAUACCUCAUUCUUAUAUUCAAUACAAGAAUACAGAGAAAUACCACAUUGUCAGUAAUGUCUACUGUGAGUUUUUAUUAAUUGUAUAUAUUGCAAUAUAAAUAUUAUUUCUGUAAUAAACAAACUCAUUUCAAAUGUCA